UGUGCAGACUUGUCUCAAAUUGAAAAAUCUCACUGACCAAACUUGGCAACAUACGCUCUGUAACCGGAGUAAAGUUAGCAGUGGCCUCGAUAUUUGCCAGAAAUUCGCACAUCUUCUUUGUAUUUACUCUAUUAAAACAUUAGGAAAACAAGAAAUCUCCACAUUCACAAAUUCGUGUGUCUUAAAUCACAUGCACGAGUUGGAUUUUCAAUUACUUCAUCCAACAAAUUGUGAAAAUGCAAAAUAAUACACAACAGGAGCGGCAUUAACGCGUUCGCUUGGAUUCUGACAGUGUACGACGUAGGAGAUUCUACAUUUUCGCUUGUGGUCAAACAGCACAAGAAAACGUACACCUAUCCUGUACUUUGGCACUUGUGAAAUCUGUAGAAAAUUUGUGAAAUUAACUUAUAUACAAGUUUAUGUUAUGAAGAAUCGAAUUGCAUCUGCAGCGACAUAUGAAAAUGUCGGAGCUAGACACAACAGGCAGUUCAAUUUGAGUCCUGUACAAUACUACCAUGGCGGUGCGUGUGCACUAAAACUGGGAUUUAAAAAAUCGAUCUCCUGGCCCUUUCCGUGGAUGUGAAAAGAAAACCAUGGCCAACCUCACCGAGACCUUCGAUUAUGACUACAAUGGAUCUAGUGUUUUGGAUAAAGUAUAUACAGAAACUCAAGAAAUAAAAAUAUUAAUGUACAUGUACACAGGAAUGUACAGCAUCACCAUUCUCUUGGGAGUACCGUUAAAUAUCCUGGUCAUCAUCACUCUUUUCUGUAGAAUUGGGAAUUAUGAAGCUACCAUCUGGCUCUUGGGCAUGGCCAUCUCAGACCUGAUCUUCUGCCUGUUCCUGCCAUUUCGCAUUGUCUCUGCCUGGGAAAACUUCACCUGGAGGUUUGGGUGGAUACUGUGCAAGCUGAGUUCAUUUGUGCCAUUCAUGUCUAUGUAUUCAACAGCCUUCAUUCUUAGCUUCAUGAGCCUGGAGCAGCUGUUCUUCAACAGAUUAUCUUGUAUUAGCUGCAGGUUUAAUGCAUCAAAAAAUAUGUUACUGAUUUCUUCAUUUGCUGCAGCUGUCCUGAGCUGCCCAUCCCUGGUGUACAGGGUAGUUCAGUACAAGAAUAACGGGGUGGUGUGCAUGGACAAUUAUGAGUAUGAAACGACCGGGCUGGUAACCUCAGAGGGGCUAAAGAGAAAAAGCACUAUGCUGUACAUGCGAUUCAUCUUUGGAAUCAUACUUCCUGUAGCUUCGACAGCCAUCUGCUAUUGCUUAUUGGUCUUGAGGAAGAACAGUUUCCAAAUUAAGUCAUCUGUGAAUUAUCGCAUCAGAAAGGCCCUGGUCAUUGGCCACUGCCUGUGCUGGCUGCCUUGUCUAUGUCUGCCACUCUGGCAGCACCACUCAACUACAGAAAUUUCUCCCAUUUUUGCAAUUAUCGUACCUGUUAGCAAUGCACUUGCAGCCAUGAGCGGGUGUAUCAAACCCAUCAUCUACAUCACUAUUGGUGACAGCCUUUGCCUUCCUUGGAUGAAGGAUGAUUAUGAUACAACUCGAUAUGGCCAAUAAAAAAUAAUCCAUAAUUCAACAUCUUAAAGAUAAUGUUUUAGUUGAACAUGUCACUUGAUGGCCGAGAAGAUGUGGGAGCCCAUCCUAACCCUCUGUGUGUGUUCUGUCUUUAAUCCAUAGACAGGUAGAAUAUGGAAGUCCAAAGGCUAACAGCUUGCACACCAAUCUGUGAGGGACGAUGGUGUUAAAAGCAGAGCUAAAAUCAAUAAAGAGGGGACUUGCAUAGCUCCCCUGGAGCUCCAGAUGGGACAAGGUAGCAUGGAGAGCAACAGCGUCCUCAGUAGACCUAUUCGCCCUGUAAGCAAAUUGGUGCACAUCAAAGGUGGGAGGGCUGAAGGACGUUAUAUGGCUUCGAACCGUUCUCUCAAAGCACUUCAUCAGCUCCGGAGAUGAACGGAAAGACUUGAAAAUGUCAUAUUUGACCCUGGGAGUUUAUAUUGAAGGAGUUGAGUUGAGAUAGUUAUAUUUUCAGCAUUUAUAGUUCAGAUAUGCUUCUUUCAACUUUAUAAAUUUCAUUCCCAUCACUAACUAUCUACACAGUCAACCACGCCCCCCAAGUAGGGGGUCCGGUGAGGGGUUUCUCACCUGUGACCAUUUUCAGAUGGCAAUAUAUCAAAGAAUAAAUGGUUAUUUAGAAUGAAUUUGCAUCUGCUUACAGUAUCUUCCUCAAAUAACAAAAAUAUAGAAGAAUAUUAGCUGUAGGUGUAGUGGUGACCCCACAGCUUGGGGUCAGAAUCCGAAAAAAGUGUCUGGGGUUGAACCAAAAACUGAUUUUUGCAGGUCCAUAACUUUGAAGUGCUUCCCCUGAGCUUAAUUUUAAUGCCAGAUUCUGAAAGAGCAGGGAAAAGUAGGCCAAGAGAGCAAUUGUCAGCUCUCUAGCAUGCUUAGAAAUGAAGAUUUCUCCUGAAAACCCUUAGAAAUUAUAAGCGCAAUUUGCUUAUAAGCGCAAUGGACUGCAUCAGAAUUUUAAAUAAAACUUGGGGAAUUUUCAGUGUUCUCUAAAAGGAUCAAAAUACCAAGUUUUCAUCAAAAUCAGGAAUAAUGCCCAUGGAACCCCUGGUUGAUUUGGCAUGGACUGAGUAGACUUUAUCUAGUGUGUUGGCUCCUCUAGUAGCACACUUCACGUGCCAGUGGAAUUUGGGGAGCAUUGCUUUUAAGUCCACGUGAUUCAAGUUCCCUGCGAUAAUGGACACUGCGUCGGGAUACCGGCUCUGUUGGCUGCUAAUGCUGCUGUAUAAAUGUCUCAGAGCCGAGUUAGCAUUAGCAGCUGGUGGUAUGUAAACCAUGGUGAUCAUUACUACAUUAAACUGCCACGGUAAGUAGAUGGGUCUGCAUUUCACGGUCAUGUACUCCAAAUCAGGGGAGCAAUGACUGUCCACUAUCACCACAUUUGUGCACCAGUUGUUGUUAAUGUACACACACUCACCCCCACCUCUGCUAUUACUGUAAUCUGAAGUCCUAUCGUAGCCGCAAUGUGUAACCUGUUACCUCGAUAGCCUAGUCUGGUAUGCAUGGAUGAAGCCAAGUUUCUGUGAACAUAAGCAAGCAGCUGUCCUUGUUCAUGCAGUUCAAUGCAACCUGUAGCCUUAGUUCAUCCAAUUUGUUGACAAUAGAUCUGGCGUUGGGAAGAAAAAAGCUUGGUAGCGGUGGUUUGUGGGUGUUACGUGCCAUAAGGCUCCGGGACGGGUUGCUCUGCAGAUCCUGAUCGCCGUCAUUCGCAUGUUGCUCCCUGACUCAGCCUCCCGGACCUGGCCAUGCCCCAGUCUUCGACACUGCUUCCGGAUCUAGAACUGAAAAGGCCAUGGUGGAAGAUCAGCGACAGCUCUGCUUGUUGUUGGAUUAUUGUUUGGUUUACUUGCAUUUUUGGAUUACUUGUGUAUGACGGUUCUGAUUGUUUGGUUUCUGGUUUUCUGCUUCGUCCCUUUUUGUACUUUUGCCUUUGGUGUUGACCUCUUGAUUAGCUCCUGAUUGCUCUCUUUGCCUCACCCCUUUGGAUACUGUGUUUCGGCUUUUGUGUUUCCUGUAUGUUCGUGUCUGUUAGGUGCAUAAGGAGUGACUGCCCUUUUGUUUAUGCAUACGUGUGGUUUACUGUUGUUUUGGUGAGGGAGUUAGAUUUAGUUUUUGUCAUUUCGUUUUCUCAUUUUCAUUUCAUUUAGAAUUAUCUUAGCUUGGAAUUGUUUCUUAGUGCUGUUUUGUUUAUUGUUUUGGCCGUGUCACUCCCGAAGUUUGUUGCACCUAGUGUUGUAAAGUGUUGGAAUGCAGUUUGUAUUUAGUCCAACAACUACAUAUCUAUGUACAAAGUAUUGUUAAUAGAGUUAAAAUGUAUACCGGGUCGUCUGUAGAUGGCGAUGUUAAUUGUAGUGAAGUUUGUUUAUGUCACGCCCGGCUCGUAUGAUCCUCGUGUGUACCACGCCCCCCUGAUUAUCCACGUGUGCUUCCCUGAUCGUACCCAGCUGUGUCUGAUUAUGUUUGCCCAGUCUUGUGUAUUUCAGUCCGUGUCUUGCGCUGGUUCCUGGUCCGUCAUUGAUGUUGUCAAUGUCAGUACUCCGUCCCGUCUUGCUCCUUCCAAUAAAUCCCCGUUUACCCCGUA